GUCUCACGCACGUGACGUUGCACUGCGUUGCACGGAAGAAAAAAAAAACAACUUUUAACUGACGUGUCCUAAUAAGAGGCAACGUGGCAACGCGACAGCGUUCGGUGGUUUGGGGAUACCUGUCCUCGUGCCGUGUUCACUUCUUGCCCGCGUUUUUGUCAUCGCGAUGUCGACGUGAGGAAAACAGCAGGAGGACCGCGAAUUUAACGUCACGCGCUGUGUCACUUUGGCGUUCUGUACCCGUAAACAAAUUCGUGAAUCGCGACAGCGGACGGCAGUGAAAGGUUAUGUAUCCGCGAUGAUCGCGUCGUCAGCGACGACCCAACGUCGGCCAACGUGAAUCACUCGAGCCCCUCGUUCGCCGUCGUUGUUUCUAGAAUCUGAUCGUCGUCGAUGCGUCGCGUCCUAACGCCGCGUGCGUCCAUUCAUCCACGAUAUGCGGUGACGAGCGGAAAAUUCUAACCUAACGGCGAUAACCUUGAAAAUCACAGCAAGCGGUGCGUGAACGUGGUACGAGCAUUAGUAUUCAGUUGCCGAUCGACUCCGUAUGGAUGUCAGUAUGAGGCGGAAACUAGAAAAGGAGGAUCGGGUGGCGGAGGACGGCGCCGUCGACUCGACUAGCAGCCAGGAGCCGUCCGAUCUGCGCGGGGACGAGAAGAACAUCGCGAUCCUGUUCUUCUUGUACCUGCUGCAGGGCAUCCCGUUGGGAUUGUGCGGUUCGAUCCCCAUGCUGUUGCAGAAUAGAGGAGUUUCCUAUCGGCAACAGGCAGAAUUUAGUUUCGUGCAAUGGCCGUUUUCGUUGAAGCUCUUUUGGGCGCCCAUAGUUGAUUCCAUUUUUUCCCAAAGAUAUGGGAGGAGAAAAACUUGGCUGAUUCCUACGCAGUAUUUGAUGGGCAUGUUUAUGCUCCUUCUUUCGAAUUAUGUGGAUCAUUGGUUGGGCAAGGAGCAUGAAAAACCUAACAUCGAAAUGCUAACUGUGUUGUUCUUCUCCCUGAACGUACUCGCCGCGACUCAGGAUAUUGUAGUAGAUGGCUGGGCGCUUACAAUGCUUAAAAGAUGCAAUGUCGGGUAUGCGUCCACGUGUAACAGUGUCGGCCAAACAGCAGGUUACUUCAUUGGUUAUGUCUUAUUUAUUUCACUGGAGUCCGCUGAAUUUUGCAAUAGUUAUUUAAGGUCCACCCCUUCGGAUGAAGGCAUAUUAACUUUGCCUGGAUUUUUAUAUUUCUGGGGUUUGACGUUCAUCGUCACAACAACGUUUAUUGCAAUAUUCAAACACGAAGAUAAAGGCAGAGUUUCAAGAGGAGAGGAACUAAAUACGGAUAUUAAGCAUGCGUACAAGCUGUUGUGGGAUAUAGUUAAAUUACCAUCCAUAAAGACGACGAUUAUAUUUCUCUUAACUGCAAAGAUUGGAUUUUCAGCAUGCGACGCUGUAACCAGUUUAAAACUUAUAGAAGGUGGUUUUCCCAAAGAGAAGUUCGCCUUUAUGGCCGUGCCCAUGAUACCGUUGCAAAUAAUUUUGCCAUUAAUAAUCUCGAAAUAUACCGCUGGGCCCAGGCCUAUGGACGUUUACAUGAAAGCUAUGCCUUAUAGGCUGGCUUUUGGCUUGAUAGCGGCGUUUUUAGUGUGGGUUACACCGCUCCUCGUAAUCAAUGGACAUGUGCCAGCUUAUUAUUUUGUGAUAUUAAUAGGCCUCUACUUUAUACAUCAGAUUUCUGCAAGUAGUAUGUUUGUGGCAUCAAUGGCUUUUUUCGCGAAAGUGAGUGAUCCAGCAGUUGGUGGCACAUACAUGACAUUACUCAAUACUUUGUGUAACCUUGGUGGAAAUUGGCCCGCCACGGCUGCACUUUGGUUCGUCGAUCCCUUGACAUUUAGACAGUGCAGUACCGAUUACACGAACGACUGUAGCACAAUUACAGAGAGAGAGCUCUGUACAAAUACCAAUAACGGCGUUUGCAUUAUGCAGCUCGACGGUUAUUACAUAGAGAGCAUCCUCUGCUUAAUCAUAGGUUUCUCCUGGCUUAGGUGGGGUCGUAGAAAAAUUAAUAUAUUACAGGCGAAACCGAUGUCUGCUUGGAAAAUUGUACUUACCCGUAACAGAUUAUUGCACCACAGAUCAAGGCAAAUUUUAGUCUAAUGUUUGUUUGACAACCGCGUUGACAUGGAUUGCCAUAGGAACUAUAUGGACACACUAUAUAUUUACCCAUAUAUGGGGCAUGUGUACAUGCACCAUUUCCUGUAUGUUUACCAAGUGUUCCAGUUUUAUGAGAAUGUGCGCGAGGUGAAUCGAUAACGAUCCAUUCGCCUUGGGAGGCAAUAUCUAUUAUAGAAUAUAUACAGUGCUGAUUCCCACAAAGAGAAGAUAUAAUAUGAUAUAAUUUGAAAUGAAUAACGUUCCGUGCAUAUAUAUAUAUAUAUAUAUAUAUAUAUAUAUAUAUAUAUAUAUAUAAUGUGUGUGUGUGUGUGUGUGUGUGUAUAUCUAUAUAUAUUACAAUAAAAAGAUCUCUAACAGUUGUCAUCCUUACUUUCUUGAUUCAAGUCAUGACCGAGAUAUGAUUUAGUGAUAUUAAAAUAUUUAAAGAAAUAUAUAUAAUAUAUAUAUUUAACAUUAGUAAAAUGUUAUUUAUUACAUAUAAGGAAAUAUGUGUGUAUACUGUGACAUACGUAUUAUCCGUACGUAUACAUAUAUAUCUGUUAUAUAUGCAUAUUUAUUUUGUAACAAUCAACGAGUCAGAUGUUUUCCGAAAUGACAUAUUACACCAGAAGCGGAACAUGUUAUUUUUUUACAAAGCAUUAUAUAUAUAUCAUUUAGAUAAAAUUUGUAUGCGCGUAUAAACUUGUUAUCUCACUCUUUGCGAACAGUAUAUUGUUUCAAAUAAUAAUAUUUUGCACGGAAUAUACUUACAGAUAUUUCAUAGAAGUUUUGUAAAACAAACGAAGAUAUGUGCGACCGCACCGUUCGCAGUUUUUAUUGUAAAUAUAUCUAAAAGUAUUUUACGCAUAAAGAGAACGUGUGACGAAUAUUUAACGCAGGAUGUUAAUAAAAGUUUUUUGUAUAAAAA